CAACUUCACUCAUAAACCACACAGCUAGGCAAUUAAGCAACUUCUUAAUUAUAAUUAUUUUUCAUAUCUAUUCUCAUAAUUCAAUUAAUAUCAUCAUCAUGGGUGUUUUAAAUUUUGAGGAUGAGACAACUUCCAUUGUAGCUCCUGCUAGACUUUACAAAGCUCUAGUUACGGAUGCUGAUAUCCUUACCCCAAAGGUUAUUGAUGAUAUUAAGAGUGUUGAAAUUGUUGAAGGAAAUGGUGGUGCCGGAACUAUCAAGAAACUCACUUAUGUUGAAGAUGGUGAAACCAAGCAUGUGUUGCAGAAAGUUGAUUUAGUAGAUGAUGCUAACUUGGAUUACCACUACAGCAUAAUUGGUGGUGAUGGGCUUCCAGACACAGUUGAGAAGAUUUCAUUUGAGGCUAAAUUGUCUGCAGGCCCAAAUGGAGGAUCCAUUGCAAAGCUAAGUGUGAAAUACACCACCAAAGGUGAUGUUAUUCCUAGUGAAGAGGAACUCAAGAGUAACAAAGCUAAGGGUGAUGGUCUUUUCAAGGCCCUUGAGGGUUAUGUUUUGGCUAAUCCUGAUUACAACUAAAGCAUAUAAUAAUUAAGUGAUUGGUUAUGCUAUUUUUUUUUUUU